AUGAAAGCAGUCCUCGCAACGUGCAACCUGAAUCAGUGGAGUCUCGAUUUUGAAGGGAACACGGCGCGCAUCAUUGAAUCCAUAGAGAUUGCGAAAGAACGCGGUGCUCAGUAUCGGUUGGGACCGGAAUUGGAAAUCACGGGGUAUUCUUGUGAAGACCAUUUUCUGGAAUUGGAUACGUUGCGGCACAGUUGGGAAUCGCUGGCAUGUAUCCUCAAAGGCGGACAUACAGAUGGCAUUCUGUGUGACAUCGGGAUGCCUGUUAUGCAUAAAAACGUUCGGUACAACUGUCGGGUUUUCGUAUUAGACGGCAAGCUCCUGUUAAUUCGUCCCAAGAUGGUCAUGGCGAGCGACGGCAAUUAUCGGGAACAUCGCUGGUUUACAGCAUGGGAACGGGGUUGGAACACCGAACCGUAUACACUUCCUCGCGAGAUUGCCGAGCUGACUGGACAUCGGACAGUGCCUAUCGGCAUCGCGACGAUUGCCACUGCGGAUACACUCUUGGCAUCGGAGACCUGUGAGGAACUCUUUGUGCCGAUGAGUCCACAUAUUCACUUCGGCAAUGCCGGUGUUGAAAUCAUAGCGAACGGGUCAGGUUCUCACCACGAGUUACGGAAAUUAGACACCCGCAUCGCACUCAUAAGGAACGCAAGUGCCAAAAACGGGGGCAUCUAUCUCUAUGCGAACCAACAGGGAUGUGAUGGUGGUAGACUCUACUUCGACGGCUGCGCGCUGAUCGCCCAAAACGGCGAGAUUUUAGCGCAAGGUUCCCAAUUCUCGCUCAAAGAUGUAGAGGUCGUCACCGCGACGGUAAACCUUGACGACGUGCGUGCGUAUCGGGGUACGAAGGCGAGUCGGGCUGUACAAGCGAGCAAAAUGGAGCCGUUGCCCCAGAUAGAUAUCGACUUUGAUUUUGAACCUGCACACGGGAAUAGUGUCCUGAACGUGAGUACAAAAAUCGAGCCGUCCAUGCACGAACCGGAGGAAGAGAUCGCUUUGGGUCCGGCGUGUUGGCUCUGGGAUUAUCUACGCAGAUCUGGUGCGGCGGGGUAUUUCAUUCCGCUUUCUGGUGGUGCUGACAGCGGUGCCGUCGCAACGCUUGUCGGUUCAAUGUGUCAAUUGGUGGCAAAGGCGAUAUGCGACAAAGACACCUCGGUUAUUCGCGAUGUAGAGCGGUGGCUGGACGACGGUGAAACCCCUGACGUUUUCACGGAUCCGCGUGUGCUCGCCAAUCGUCUACUGUAUACGUGCUACAUCGGCACGGAGAAUAGUUCUCGCGACACCCAAAAACGCGCGAAACAGAUCGCCGAGCAGAUUGGGGCUGACCAUCUUAACAUCAAUAUGGAUGGGAUCGUCAAUGCCCUGCAGACACUCUUUACCCGUAUCACGCAGAAGACGCCUCGAUUUAAGGUGGAAGGCGGCACGUAUAGAGAGAAUCAGGCACUUCAGAACAUACAGGCACGGUUGCGAAUGGUGCUGAGCUAUCUGUUCGCUCAGAUGAUGCCGUGGGUGCGGAAUCGUGAAGGCACUCUCCUUGUAUUAGGCACGGGAAACGUUGACGAGGCAUUGCGGGGGUAUCUCACAAAAUACGAUUGCAGUAGCGGCGACAUCAACCCGAUCGGUGGGAUUAGUAAACACGACUUACGUCGAUUCCUGAAUUGGGCGCAACACAACCUCGGUUAUACGGCUCUCUCGGAAAUUGUUGACGCACCACCGACAGCAGAACUGGAACCGAUAACGGAAACCUACACGCAAACCGAUGAAGACGAUAUGGGAUGA